CUGCAAUGCACACCGAUGGGUCGACAAAUCAGGUUGACGCCCAGAAGUCUGCUCAGGGGGCUGAAUGUCCAGCGAUACGCAACGUGUACAGCGCAUAUGGAAAAAGGAGGCCCACGCGUUCUGCAUUUUCAAUGAGGCUCUAAAUUUCGUGGCCUGGUCCCCACUUGCAUUGUUUCUCCCUGUUCUCAUGACGUUCAAGAACCAGCGGUCUCGUCAGCGUCUCUUGCGGUUCUCUGCUUUAGCUAUUACCAACAACCUGCACGCUCUGUCAACCGGUCAGUGAGACUGGUUCCCAUGAAAUUCCAUGGUCAACUUUUGAAAACCUCGCAUACUAUCCAGGAUAUUCAAAGCAAAAUGCGGCGUUUCACUCAGUCCCUGCAGUAUGAGGCUCGUCUCCAUAGACACGAAGCUAUUUCCGAGGCCCACGAACAAACAUUUCGGUGGCUACUGGGUGACAACGAGGACGACAGCCAAGUCAAGAGUGGAUUUCCCCAGUGGCUAGAGUCAAAUGACGGGAUUUUCUGGGUCACAGGGAAACCAGGCUCCGGGAAGUCGACUUUCAUGAAGUUCGUUGCCGGUGCAGCACGGACGCGUGAGCUCUUGGAUCGCUGGGCAUACCCGACCAUUCUUGUUGCUCAUUAUUUCUGGAGCCCUGGCUCAUCGAUACAGAAGUCCCAGGAAGGGCUUCUACGAUCGUUGCUUUACGAGAUGUUUCGGCAGUGUCCAGACCUUAUCCCUGUAACUUGUGAAGAACGAUGGCGGCAAUUAGACGACCCGGCUGUGCCGAGUGGAACUUGGUCAUCGACCAGCCUGAUGGAAACCUUCAGAAAGGUCGCUAUGGAGACGUCCCUCGGAAGGGUCAACUUCUGUUUCUUCAUCGACGGUCUUGACGAAUUUGGAGGAUCCCAUGGGGAUCAACUUGAGCUGUGCAAAAUGGUGUGCGAGCUGGCUCAGUAUCAGCAUAUCAAGCUUUGUGUAUCAAGCAGGCCAUGGAACGUAUUCGAAGACGCAUUUGGCGCAGGCCCCAAGAUGUACAUCCAUCAUUUGACGGGGAACGACAUAAGAAAUUAUGUUUCCUGUCGUCUUCGCGAACACCCGCGGUGGAUUGACUUGCCAUUCUCAACCCUGGCCGAUGGCCAGAGGUUGAUCGACCAGAUCGCAGAGCGUUCCGACGGGGUUUUCCUCUGGGUGGUCUUGGUGACGAAACUACUCCGCGAAGGAAUGACAAACCGCGAUCGCCUCGCAGACUUGUGCAGGAGGUUGGACAGUUUCCCACGAGAGCUCGGUCCACUCUUCAGACAUAUAAUGGACUCUGUGGAACCCAUAUAUCAUGUGAAGAUGGCGACCAUGCUCCAGGUUGCUCUUGUCGCAGAGAAGCCACUCCAUAUGCUCAUGUACGACUUCCAUGACCUGGAGCAUGACGACGAGUACCACUAUCUAAAAAGACGUUUCGAGCCACUUACCAAGGAUGAGUUUUCCGAUGUCAAGAGCCGUGUACCCUACUAUAUUGAUAGCAGGACGCGAGGCUUGCUUGAAGUCUCAAGCUCCCAGGAGGUCACCUUCCUCCAUCGGACUGUAAAGGAUUAUCUUGCCGAGCAUGCCCUCUCGAUUUUCCCAGAGAUACAACUUCCAAAGGGCUCUUCACGAGCAUUUAAUCCGCACCUAAGCAUUCUACGCGCCUACGCGGCAUGGGUCAAAUGUGCGGUUCCGGACACACUAUGUCGGCACGACUUUGCAAACUACUACUCCAGCAGCGAAGCCACGGACGGCAUCACGCCUAGCAUCCUCAAGCUCACAACGGAGCUGAUACCCUACGCCGUUCACCUGGAUCCGCUGAGCCGCUGGGACCGCCGCAUAGGCGAAGUCGUCGAUGACAUAGAUAACAGCAUCGCAACCCUGAUAUCUCGGACCAGGUCCUCUGCUGGCUCCGCAUGUGGCGAGGCGUGGGGCGGGAAGCAAUUGAGGCAUGAGCAUAGGAUCGAUUUGGACAGAGUCACAUUUCAGGAAGAUUAUGAAUGGAAGAAAGCGCUGUUCUUUCGGGAGAGCCUCAUCAAGGCAGGUGCCACCAACUAUGUUGCCGUCAUGGAGUUGAAAGAGCCAACCAUCCGGGAGCCACAGGACAACAAGAGAUACUUGGGCGGCAACCACUGUCUAAACACCGAAACAACCCGGUAUGGUCACCAAGGAAUCAUUUCGCAUUCUCUGAGGUGGUCUUGGAAAGUAUACCUGGUGGUUUUGAAACGGUUCCUUUUCAUACUGUGCCCAUUCAUAUGCAACCUGAGCUCGGGUCUCAUUAAAUGCCUCCCGCACUUUCUUACUCGUUUAUUUUUGAUCCCACUGUUGUCCUCUUUGGUGAAGUUUGUGUAUGGAAAUGAUGGCUAGGGAUUAAGAUUCGUUGCCUGUAUGUCAGACUGGAAAUUCUAAAGCGAAAAUCAUUGCGUUUAUCCAUAGAA